AUGGCCAACCCAACACCUUGCAAAUACCAAGACUACCUUCGUGAUCAUGCUUACUUCUUUUGUCCAGAGGAUGUCAGUGGUCAGACAAGCUCAACUAAUGUGGACCAAUUGGCAGCCGAACGAUUGCGGUACGAAUGGAAAGUAACGGAAGCACGUCACGAUCCGUCCUUGGUCAACUCACUUAUCAAACUUCUUGAUAGUUUCCUUGGCCAAUUUCUAGAAAACAUAGAAGGCUGGGGUGUUUGGGAUUUUGAGCAAGCAUUUCAAUCGGAAGUUAGAAACUACAAUCAAUGCCGGGAGGAGAACAUACCUGGUGCAAUAAUAAAGAAGCAGAUGUUCGCCACCUCCUAAGUAAUGGGCCUUUUUCGAAGCUUGAGGCAAUUAUGCCAAAUCUUGGCUACCCUCUUUAUGUUGAUGGUGAAAGCACGUUGCCAGACUCUAAGGCAAAGGUGGGCUACGAGAUUUUAAUACACGGACGCAGGAAAGGCCUGGUUGAGGCCAAGUCUCUUAGUGUCCUGAAUAGAACCGAGGUCAAGUUCUUUGUGCCGAACCCAUCGCGCUUCCAAAUAAAAUUAGCAGAUAAAACGACAUCAAAUGAACGGAGAGUGAUAAACAAGACCCGUGUAUUGUACAGACACUGAAGCGCUCCAUUACUGAAUCAAAUUUCUUAGGCGUGCUUUUAUAUGGGUUCAUAUGAGGCAGAGUGGCUUGCUUUGACCUCCUAUACAAAAUGGGUUUUCCUCCGACUUCACUGUGGUACGGCGCCUGUCCCAACAUAUGUCACGUACUCGACUUUCGAAACGCAGUCCGACAAUAGCCGCCCAUUCCGUGCGCUAUUGGGGAUGAUGUUGGCUAUCGCAACGGAGACCGCAGUUCCUUCCAACGCUAGCACCCAGGGACCGCUUCAAGUAAUUCCGGAGGAUGAAGAAGAUCCAGAGAAUGAAGGAGCUCCAGGAAAUGGUGAAUGCGGACCAUCUGAUUCUGAGCAACAAGACCCUUCUUACGAGGGGAAGCAAAGUGAGGAAACGAAUGGGGAACAGCGACAGACCCGAUCCAUGAUAAAGCAAAGUCAUUCGGCAUCUUUGUCUACCAGUAUCCGUAUCGCUUGGUCGGAAGAAGUCACACCGGGCGCUCGUUGGCUGACAUUCCGUGCUGUGGAUACGGACGGGUUUCCGGGCUUAGGCAAUAUCAAGUUGCGCCUCCAGCGUAGCAUUGGACGAGGCUCUACUGGAAUUGUCUACGAAGCGAUACCCGAAGAGGACGAUUAUCGCGAAUCAUCGAAGCGUCAAAGAUAUGCAAUCAAAGCAGUUACAAAGGGCGAGACGGAAGAGGAAAGGAGUGCUCUUCAACGUCUUCGCAAUGAACUCCGUAUAUACCGCGAAAUUGAGCAGAGACAGUCGAAACGGUUAGAAGAGCUUUCACAGCCACCUGGCCUGGUUCCCGAUUUGCAGGGUCAGAGUGAAAUGUCC